AAUGACGAAAAUUCGUGAAAUGUGAUGUCGAAAUGCUGUGUUCAUGCCGCUUUACGUUUACAUAAAAUACGUGUUCGCAACUGUGUGGUUUUGGAUUUCUGUCGUUUCAAUUUAAGUGAAUUUAUCUACCGCCUCAUGAUAAGUGUUAUCCGUAUUAUGCUGCGUAAUUUCUUUCUUACACGCCUCAAAAUCUCUAAUGUUUGAUCUCGGCUCCCACGAUACGAGAUAUCAUGUUUUUAGCGGACUGCUCACGCUGAAAGGCGAGGAAACGCCGCUCCCUUGUACACAAUUUUAGAUUUGACUUCUUAUUUAUUGUAUGAUUAGACGAUACUACACUGUUUCAAGUCAAGUAGAAUCCCAGGAAUUUGCUCCUAGCUGAAAGGGGUUCCUAGGUUUUGCCACUCAUCGUGCUUUGACAGAAAUAUUUGUUGUCAAGUUUGUAAUAAACCUUUGGAUUCAUUGCAAGUUCUUGCAGACCUCUGAUUCUCCAAUGCACGAAUUUUUUUCAGUUAAAUAAGCGCACGUUGUUAAACUCAAAAUGGAACCGGCUCUGUUUAACGAUCAUCUAGAGCGCCUCAACUUGGAAGAUGAGGGGAGUGAUACCGAUGAAGGUAACUCAGUAGAACCCUUACAUGUUGAUGACAUAUACGAUGAUAUUUUAAAUGAUUAUGAUGUUUAUGGCUCUACUCCAACGCGUACUCGGAUUUCAAGAAAAUUGAAAGAAAGGAAGCGAUGGGAGAAAGAGCGAGGGAUAGUGAAGCCGCAAACCUCAAAAACAACCAGAACACGGAAUAGUUCUGACCAGCCAAUAUUUGACUUGGACAAAGGAGAGAGUAGUGAAGAUGAGACUGAUAGCCAAAAAUCAACGAGUAAGGGGAAGAAGCGGCACCUAAAGUUAUUACGUGGCUCAGAGAGAGACUUCAAACUUGACUUCAGUGACAUGAACCACUCUUCAGCGCCUUUUUGCGAGAUAGAGGCAGAAAUGCCAGGCGAGGCCGCUCCCACUAUCAAGGUGGAAACAUGCAAACCCUUCAUGUGCCUUUCCUCAAAACUAGUGCUGUGCCGCAAGUCAGGUCAGAAUGUUCCAUGCAACAUAGAUACAGCCGUCAACCAAGAUAGGCUGAACUUUCAUCAGACGCUCUUACGAAUAGGGAACUGUGACAAAGUAUAUGGACAAGAGCACAUCAAACAGCAAAUGCUGGAUGCAGAAACAUGUAUGCCACAAAAUGACGUCUGGCAGAGCGAACUGAAAGACUUGCUUUGGUUGGAACUUCGGGCAUACUUGGCAGAUCGCACGCCCAGUGAGCAGGAUCAGUUUUUCUGUAGAGAAAGAGAAGGAAUUGGUGAUUUACUCAAAAGUAUCAUGGAAUUCAGGCUGGAUGAAAAGUCUGUAGUUACAGAUGCAGAAAAUGAUGGUAAAUCGCAUUGUUCAAAGUGGUGUUUCAAAAUGUUCUGUACGAAUUGUCAAGAGGUCCAAAAUGUAGCCCUGCGGCGGAUAGAAUCCCUUCUUUUUAAACUGGAAAAUGCAGCAGCCCUUUAUCCUUCAAGUCGAACUUUCGGGAUCCACUAUCCACUGUACGUCAGCAAAGAGUUCACUGCCAAAGUCAAGACCAUGUGUUUAUGGUACAAUCUAAUUAAGCAUAUGAGACUGAAAUUUCUGAUCCUCUGCAGACAAUUGAUUCAGGCAGAAGAGCUGAAUUUCUCAAAUCCAGAGCAACUUUUAAAGAAGUACAUCAAGAACAACUUAAAAACCAAAGGAAUCAAAAGAGCAUUUAAUUUCAUCGAAAAAUUAGAAAAUACUGUUUUGCAAAAAAUUAAAUGGUCUCUAAUGGAAUUAACCGAAGAGGAGUGGGAAAAAAUUGAGAACACCAGCGACAACUGUGAUAUUAGUGAAGAGCUUGAACUGAAAAGACACGGUAUGUGCAGUGAAGAAGCCCAAUCAUUAUGCCUACCUGGAUACCGUUCUUGUUUCUUAUUUAUCGCCCGAAUCCCAUUGUGCGUGAUACACACUUUUCUGUUGAUGAGGCUUAAUAUGAGACCGGAAAAACCUAGUUUGUUGAGUAUUCGCCAGUUAAUCUGUGAAUUGAAAGAAGGUUUGAGGCUCGCUGUAACCGUUCGGAAACAUUACUUGGAGCAGUUUGAGGCAGCCACCCGAGGUGCUCCCCCAGAUGUUAAGGUCGACUCCUACAUAGACUCGUUUGACCAAACAACGCAGAAUGUCUUAGAGAUCUAUUUAAAAUAUUUGUAUCAGUGGGUGUCUAUGAUUCAACAAGAGCAGGUCUGGAAGAAUGUUCUGGAAGAAGAAUGGGGUUUUGCCAAAAAUAUCUCUCCUCACAUUCCUGGUGGUUUAGCCCUGGUGGGCAGUAGUUUUUGCCUUGUCGCUCGAACAAUUUUCCAAGGAAUUGACAACCUUUUUCGCUCCAGUGUGGAUGAAUUGGUCAGCAAGCUGAAAAAUGCCGGUCCAUCAGAAAUAAAGCAUGAAAUGUUCCGAGCGCUCAGAGCAGUUCAGUCUUUAGUUGGCAUAACGCGAGAAAGAGCAUUACGCUCCAUAUGUCUUGUGAAAAUUCUACGCAAAGACCUCGAAAAUGUUGAUCAAGAAAACACCAGACUUUCUCUACACUACAAUGUGAUUACAGAUGCCCUUGUUCAAUUGAAGCAAGAAACGUGCACUCUAUGCGUGACAAUAAAAUAUGUAGUGAAGCAAAUAGAAAAUUCCUGCGUUAUUCCUAGUUCCCUGGACGAAAUUGAAAAUUGUGCCUUGCGCUCUCGAAUUCGAGAAGUACUCAACCAAUUGUUCAAGUUUGCUUUUGAGUAUUACAAAGAAGUUUUUCGAAUGACCUCAAAUUGUAUGCAUACUCAGUUUUCGGAAUGUAUAAUUGGUUUGGCCAACUUAUGGAUCAACUUCGUCAAAGAGCGUUGCGAACAGGGUAGAGGCCUGAAACCAAAAUGGGCGACUCAGGGACUGGACUAUCUUGUCGUAGCAUGCGAUCCUCAACAUACUGAUUACCUGUCUGAUGAAAAAUUUCAGUCUUUCAAAGCAGCUGUCGAAGAUAUCAUCGAUUAUAUCGUUGGAACGCAAGAUAACCAUUCUCCUCAUAUAUGCAAAAAACUUCUCUUCAACUCAUCUCCAAGAAGUCAAGCGUCAACUCCUCCAAUUUUCCCGGCAGCAGGAACUCCACGAUUCAGGCAGCGAUACGAUGGUAGUCACUCAAUCAACGGUUAUGAAAAACGGUUAUCUGUCGAAAGCUGUGAAAACUCUCCGUCUCCGGAAAUUACUUUUGAGCCACUGUCACGUCGCGGUAGAGUUCAGUCAGCAGUUAAGUCACUUGAUAGUGCCAUUGAAAAAAGACUGAAAAAUGAGAACAGGAUUGGAGAAGUCUGUGAAACCUACAACUCCACACUCAAUAUUCACAGCUUUGUCAAGUACCAUACCAUCAACUUCAGUUGGCAGCGUGGGAUCAAAAUCGGUCAAGGCAGAUUUGGCAAAGUUUACACUGUUGUCAAUCAUGAUAACGGUGAGCUUUUAGCAAUGAAAGAACUUCAACUUCAGCCCAACGAUCACCAAGCUGUCACAAAAGUGGUCCAAGAGCUAAAUAUCUUUGAACGAGUCAACCAUGAAAAUCUGGUCCGUUACUAUGGUGUUGAAAUUCACAAAGAAGAAAUGUUGAUUUUCAUGGAGCUCUGUCCUGAAGGAACUCUAGAAAACUUAGUUGCCAGUAUUGAAGGUGGUUUCCCAGAGUCCAUCAUCCGAGGAUAUAUGCGCCAGCUUGUUGCAGGGGUUGAUUUUCUCCAUCAGCAUGGAAUUGUGCAUCGUGAUAUAAAAAGUGCCAAUAUAUUCCUAACCAAAGAAGGGCGUUGUUUGAAGCUUGGUGAUUUUGGAAGUGCUGCUAAAAUGAAAGCACAUUUGACUGUUCCCGGGGAAUUAAUUGGCUUCGUUGGAACGCAAGCCUAUAUGGCACCAGAAGUUUUCACCAAAAACAACACUGUAGGACACGGUAGAGCUGUUGACAUAUGGUCCCUGGGAUGCGUCCUUGUAGAAAUGGCAUCUGGGCAAAGACCCUGGGCGGAGUAUGACUCGAAUUAUCAAAUUAUGUUCAAAGUCGGCAUGGGCGAAACUCCGCAUGUCCCAGAUUCUUUGAGUGACGAGGGCCACAGUUUUGCCAAUUUAUGCUUGCAGCAUUGUCCCAAAGAUCGAGCCACAACCACCGAACUCUCUCAACACUUGUUCUUAAAGAUUGAUAACGACUAGGAAACUGUGGUGCAUCUACAAAAAGCUCUACAUACCUCUGUGAACCUUGGCUACCGCUUCAUCGGCCGAAACUGACUCCUAGCAUAUUACAGUUCAAUUCAAGCACACCUUAUCAAGGUUUUAUGUGUUUUUAGAUGUCGUAUGAAAGCUGAAAUUCAGUCCUUUCAUGCCUGGCCUACAUAUCAUCGGCUACAGUCACCUGCAAAAAUGGCAUGUAGACACAACCCUAAAGCAAUCCUAAGCAUCAACCAGCUAGAAAGUUUAUGCACAACUCUGUAUACAGCUUAGACAAGCUGUAACCAACCCAAGUUAGUUUAGAGUAUUUAGCCACCCAUAGUUCAUUCAACACAAAGCUUCUACAGAGAAAGUUCAAAAGACUUUGUUCCGGAAAAUUUUGAAAUAAUAUCAAUCUAUCGCACUCUGGUGUUUUUUCAUAAUCAUAGUUUCCAGCACUUUUCAAGUUUCUUCUAAUUAAUAAGUGAAGUAGAAUAUAACAAACUAGAACCAUUUUCAAUUACUAAUAUUUUCAAGGAUGAUGCAUGCUUCUUAAAUAAAAUUUUCUAUCAUGAAGUUUCAUUCAAGUAAUAGCAAUGGUAGAAAAUGCAGUAUCUUCUUUUUGCAUUGCUACAUAUUUUAAUAACUUUUUAAAAUUUCAAUUUUUAUCCUCCAUAUGCAACUGAUAGUUAUUAAAAGUUCUGACAUCAGUUAUUUAAGUCAGUAUUGAAGAAUAUAUAACAAUUAUAACAUUCCCCUGUUGUUAGUUGUGUUUAUUGGAAGAAGUGCAGGGAGGUUAAUAUUUUUCUGAUCUCAGAUCUUGUUUUACACUUGUGGUUGACUGUCCAAAAUACUAAAUGAUCGAUAAUUACAUAUAUAAAUAAUUUCCGAGACGAUGCUAAAGCUCCUUAAAUUUUUUCUCCUUUUUUAGUUUAGAAAAAUGUGUACAAUACAUUAAAUAUCAUACACACCUUUUCAUCCUGUUUUCCAUUCAUCGUUUUACUUUAUAAGUAAUUUAUUUUCUUAGUUUUUAUCUAUCCAUUUGUUUUAAACCCAGUGAUCAAAAAAAAAAUUGUUACGUUAUUGUUCAAUUGAAAGCUUUCAUGCUGAUUUCAUAACUGUUCUUGUGUUGCACACUACUAUUUUUAUUGACUCGAUUUUCCUUGAUAUCCUCUCUCUGUAAUUCUACAGACUUUUUUGCUGUUUUUCUAGUAUCAGUCAUCAUUUUUAUUUUGCUGAGGAGCGAAGGCCUCUACUUACCACUAGUAGUCGUCAUUGUUGUCAAAUAUUAAUCUAGUUUUUUCUUUUUUUCGUGCUGUGCCAUUUGCUUUUCUCUUGCGUUUUCUCUCCUCUUCUCUUGUGCACAUAAUUAUUACUCUUGGAUCUUCUGAAAAUAUUAGAAAUUAGCUUUGAAUAUUUGCGUGCAGCUAAGUAGGUAUCAACUACCUAAUAGAAUUACAUAUAUGCACCGAUAGUAAAAUAAACAGAAUCACAUAACCAAAUAUAUUUUUAAUUUUAACUAUCUUUUAGUGUUCUGUAACUUUCCACUGAGCUUACUGCCCCAAUUUUUAGUAGAUCUUUCUGGUUCUCCUAGAAGGGCACCCUCUUUUUUUUCCUACUGAUAUAGAAAGUUUUCUUUCUCUCCAAUCAGUGCACUCAGUCUUUUUUUUUCUUUUCAUAGGACUGAUUUAUUCUGGGGUCUUUGUAAAAAAGAGCACUCUUUUGCCGUCAAAUAUGUAUCCUGCAAACAACAUUUAUCUUUUUAACUAUUUUCUUUUUUCUUUUAUAAAAAAAGACAUAUAAAUCAUUUAGACUCCGUGUUAAUAAGUCUGCCCAGCAGUUGAGAAGUUGUUUUUAUCUUAAAAAAGUGUGCCUUUGAAUCCUUUUAUUAAUUUAUUUUCUUCAAAAGACAUUCACUCUUUGUACCUUAACUGUCAGUUUGUGUUUACUGUACCAAGCAGGAUAGUGAUUUAAAUUGGCUCCCAACUUCAAGCAUCCUCCUAGAAAUAUUCUUAGUUUGUAAAUUUUUUAUCCCAAGGCUGGGAUAUAGUAUUACUGACAAUUUUACAGUCAAUCCCUUGUGAAAAGCAAUCAAUCCCUUGUGGAUUGCAAUCAAUCUGUAUACGGAAGAAGCUUUUAAAUAUUCAAAUUAGUUUUCUCAUUACUCCUUCACACAAAAUGACGUUUUAGAUAUUCCUUUAAGUUUUGUGUUUGCAAAAUUAAUCUGUAGGGGGGAUAUAUUGAAACAUCACAUCUAGAAUGGAUUUUGUCACGUAUUUUUCAAAAGCUAUAAAUUAAACCAAUGUGUUCCAUGCCUUUCGAUUCUUUUUGCGUAAAGGAAGAUAGUUAAAACUUGUGAAUUAAAUAUUACUGAUAAGAAUUUUACUCACACCUAUCUCUCUCUUUUUAAUUUCUGAUCAAGCGCCUAAAUUUUGAAAAGCAUUUAUUCCAGGCCCUCGUGUUUCCUUUUGUGGAAAGGAUAGGAAUUCUGUGCAAUCAGAAAAGCAUAAAUAGAUGUGAUGAAAUCCCACUGAUAGUUGUCCAAAAAAUGUCUACAAAUGCCUCACAAGAGCAACCAAAGAUAUUUAAACAGAUAUUUCAGAAUUAUUGUUACUCCAUAGAAGAAUAUGCACACUCUUCAAGAUCAGCUAUUGGUCUUCUGAUCAUUCUGAUCCAUCACCAAGCUUUAAUAGUUUUUAAACAAUUUUUUUUUUUUUUUUUUUAUAUGGUUCCUGCAAAGUCAUAUUGUUCAAGCAAACUCUUGCUCAUAAACUUACUGUUGUUUCAUUAUAAUUAUUGAAAGUUUAUUGUUAUUAGCUUAAAAUAACUUUAUUUUGGUCUCAUUUUUAUUUUUACUUAAUGUUGUAUCAGAAGAUGUGAGAAAUCAUAUCAUUAUUUUCAAAGCUUUGACUUUUUCGGGUACAUCCUGAAAUAAAAUUUCCGUUUAUAAACUU